AUGGCAAACACUUUCAAAUAUAUUCGCUGGAGUGGGCAUUGGUUUCCUACCGACGACCUCGACGCGAACAGCCCCAAGUUUCUAAGUUUUGAAUUUUUCAGAUCACUGAUUCUCACUCUGACAAUACCUUUGCAAGUGAUCCCAUGCAUCAUUGACUUGGUAUUGAAAAUACCGGAUAUGCCAAAGGUGAUUAUGAAUGCCAUAAGCACUCUUUACGGCAUUCAGACAUUCUGCAGAGUAAUUUUCAUCGGCGUAAUGAGAAAAGACAUUUGGAAUAUUUUCAAAGAAUUUGACAAUUUUCAAGUACCCGCGUCGUUUCGUCUUCUCCGUGAUCAGAAUGCGGCCUCGAAGGCGUUCAAAACUUCGAACACAUUAUUUCUGGGAAUAUUCUGGGUAGCACAAUUUACAGGAUGCUUAUUCACUGUCGCACCAUUUGUAAUGUCAUAUGAGGCACGAAUUCAAAAACUUAAGUUAUUGGCAUUGAACGGAACAGUACCUCACGUCCUGGUAUACGAAGCUUGGUAUCCCUUUGAUAUAUCUGGAUUUCCAGUUUAUCAGCUCACUAUACUAUUCCAAUCCUUCUGCGGCUGUGUUUGGAUCAACAUGACUUCAACUUCGGAUGCUAUUUUUCUUGCAAUUAUUAUUCGUGAAGCGGAGGAAUUCAAUGUCUUACAUAAUAUGCUGGUCAUACUUUCCAAUGUAAAAACGCACAGAGUCAAAGAAAGGUCUGCACAAACAAUUAGAAAUAGCCUCGUUCGACAUUCCAGUUGCACCGAGUGGCCCGAGGAUCCAAAUAUUUUGUUGAUUUCCUGGAUUGAGCACCAUCAACUUGUACUCCGUAUCCUAGUAGAAAUAAGGAAAACGUUUUCCGUUUUCGUCUUCAUUGUGGUUGGAUGCAACGCAUUGUCUUUGGUUCUUUUGGCAUACAUCGGAGCUACGAUUAAAGACGUGACUGCAUUACUUUCAAUGAUCAGUUUCUUGUUUGUCGUUACGGCACAAUUGUUCAGUUUUUCCUGGUACACGGUGAAACUGACAACGAGAGCCGAAGAAAUGUCUCAAGAAUUACUCAGGAUUAAUUGGUGGGAAGCUCCUGUUUCCUAUAAAAUGUCUUCGAAAUUCGCAUCAUUAAGAGCAUUGAAAACUGUAUCGAUAUCUGGAAUGGGAUACUUCGAUUUGAAUCUGGAAAUGUUUUUAUCGAUUGUUCAAGGUGCUUCAUCGUAUUUCAUGGUUCUAAUUCAUUUGACAAGUGACGAAUAA